UUUAUUUGAUUCAGAUGCUCCUAAGAUUACCCUUUCUCAAGAUACAAACUAUUUUUUUGGCUAUCCAGUAUGGCAUCCACCGAUCAAAGGGCACGAUGCAAACAACAAAUACUAUAGUGUAAUAUCAUUCUGCACUCUCCUAAUGGCGAUCACUUGCUAUUUAGGUGCAAGUUGCGACUCUGCUCCAGUUUCAGCUUACUACUUUAAUCGUCUUUUGGUUAUUUAUAAUUUUAAUACAAUAUUUACUGUGGCUGCUCUUCUUAUAUUUGAUCUUGGUAAACUUUGGGCGGGAGCGAUAGGGAUGAUUCAUAAUGCCACCGAAUUUGUUGUUUUGGUUUUUAUAGGAUCUGGUGGAAGGAUUAAAAGUCUCUGCUUUGAUUAUUCAAUUAUGAUCACUUUCAUCCGUAUCUAUAUUAACACUAGGCAUGAACUUAAUCAUGGCGAUGGUGCUGAACUUUUUGCUUCAACCUUUCACAAUGUUGGUAACCUCUUUGCCACUGUUUCCAUUGAAGAUAUAAAUCCCACCGUUUUAGCAUUGUUAACCGGCUAUGCUGUCACAUAUCCAGCUUACAUGUAUUAUAUAUAUGUAGACACUCACGCUGCAAGUAUUUAUCCUACAAAACGUAUUUACUUGCCUUCCACUCCGGGCUGGAAAAAAUUCGUUAUUGCUACAAUAGCAAUUUGUGGUGCACUAUUGACUUGUCGUUUAUGUGCGUUUUUGCAUGCUAAAAAAGUUCAAAGUGAUAAUAACCUUAAUGUUAUUUUUUGA